UUAUUCAUAUAAAAAACGCAAAACUAGUAUUGUUAUGUUCCCCCGUAUUCAAUUUUCUGAAAACAUUUCAUUAUUGCUGUAAAAUUGAUGAUAAAAUUACAUAGGCCUCUUAAAAAAGUUAACAACAUGCGAGAUCGAUUAAGCCCUUUGCGUUUUAUCGCCUUUGUAAACAUUGGCGUGUUUCAUUUUCCAUUUGGGCCCUACGUCAAACGGCCAAACACGACGUCAGGAUUUGUUUUUGUUGUUCUUUUGUUUUUUGGCCUCGCAGGCCAAACCAAAACAAAUUAAGAUUUCGUGUUAGGUCUUUUGCACCAAAGACAUUUUUUUCUCGUUUUACUUAAUUUUUUUUAAAAUUAUUAACAAACCGGUAGUGUGGCAGGCUUACAAUGUAGGGCAAGUUAUUUACGAGUUUUAUAACGCUUCGCAGUCACCGACGAACUCAUCUGGAUAAGCCAUUUGCAUGCGAUUUUUGUAAUUUAAGAGUUCGUCUCAAAUGCCAGCUCAAGACCCACAUGCUGGUGCACACCCAGCAGCGUGAUCAUGUUUGCAAGUUUUGCGGAAAGGCUUUCUACGCGAGGACGGUUCUUACGUUGCAUCUGCGUUCACACACGGGCGAACGACCCUAUGCCUGCCACGUUUGCGACUUUAGCCAUGCACACCGGAUUCUGUACGUGAAGCACAUGCAAAAGUUUCACCCGGGAGAGGAGAUUCGAACACUAGCAGAAUUGCAACGGUUGGCGGCCAAAGCAACUGCCGAAGGUGGUGGACCAGAGAAGUCACGCCUGCAUCUGCUUCUCCCUCGAUAAACUCUUCCUCCAGUCGUUCCUCUUCUUCCCCGUUCUGCUCCUUCUGCUGCAGUGCGCUGGCAAUCGCUGCCAGCCGUUUCAUUUCGGCUAGCGUCCGGAUUUCCUCCCCCGGGUGAAACUUUUGCAUAUGCUUCACGUACAGAAGGCUCUGGCGAUGCGGUUCGGGCAAAACAAGGCGGACGAGAUUCAGUUUGUGUCCGUUGAUAAGCUGUUCUUCGGGAAGCAGAUUCCGGUCAAGGAGUGCAUGGAGGACAAUUUCUUCGAGGUUAUUGACACCGGCCAGGACUAAGCGUCCCGCGUUUUGAUGUUCGUGUUCCUACCCCCCACCGAAUUCAACGCACUGGACAAACUCCUUGCUCGCCUCACCUCGUCGCCGGACAUCCUCUGCGAGGUCGUCAACGAGGGCAUUUCCGCGCCCCGUCGACAUGAAGACCGUACUGGGCUGACUAGGCAUGGGCAAGCUGUUCGAAAAUUCGGCCAACUUCUCUGGCUUAUCGAAGAAAGCCCAGAUCGGCGAAGUGCUGCUAAAGUCCAAGAUCACCGUCAACGAGGAGGGCGUGAUGGUUGCGUCCGCGACGGUCGAGUUCAGCUUCCGAUCGUCGUGACCUGACGAUCCGGCCAUGUUUCACUGCAACCAUCCGUUCAUCUUCGUCAUCUAGGAUUACGCCACGCAGGCCGAGCUGUUCAACGGAGGUUACUGCCAGCCAGAGUGAUGCAAGAAGCAGGAACCGGCCGUGGACUCAAGGGAAUCAGAAGUAGAUUUAGUUUCGUUCCAAAUAGAUUUUGCUGAGUGCUUGAAAUAUUUAGACAAGCUCGUCGAUUCGUGGGUGAUGGUCACGUUUGAGUUGAAGCUUAGCGUUGUCUGCCGGGACAACGACUGAAAGCAUUCGUCAGUUGUGCGGCUGAACAGUUAGCAGGAAUGUCUGUAUAAGGGUUACGACCUGGACAGCCGUAAACCGGGACAACCUGAGAUUUUUAGCUUUUUUCAAUAAAAAAAAAUAAACAAUUUUAGUUUUUGCUAUAUAAACUGCUUUAUUUCAGGCCGCAUUUGAUCAGUGAUCUACCUUCCUGCUACCAACAUUCUUCCAACGGAUCUAGGUCCGCCUCGAAAUGAUCAUCAAUGACAUUUUGCCGCUUCCGUCCGCGCUUCGGGGCAACCAGAUUCUUCAAAAGGGCUUGGUAAUACGGCUUGUUCGGCUCACUCACGUAUUUGAGCAAGCUCUUCAAAUCGGAAAGCUUUUCCUGAGAAAGCUCAAUCGGUUGAUCUGUGAUCGCUGGCAUUUCCGGCAAUUCCGGGUCGACGUUUUCGCGAAUGAUCGUGAAGCUUUGAAAGUCUUCAGCACGAGGGUCGAUUUUGUAAAAUACUACUCCAGGUGCUGCCGUCGUGUAUUUGAAGACCAUAGCUUGCUGAAACAAGAUUGGCUCGCCUUGAUCAUUCAGUUUUGGUCGCUUGUACCGGCAAGAUAAGUUUUUGAACGCAAGGAAUUGAGACUGCUCCAUUUCGUACACAGCGAGUGGCACCUUUCGCGGAACUUGAGAUAUCAACACCGCCCAAUCACGCGGGAUUUCAACGCUGAGUGAAGUUUUGCGUUUCGCACGUUCUAUUGCUCCGUGGACACCAUCGACCUCCAUGUGGGAGUGACCACUGACCAUAUAUUUGUGUUCCACAGUCAGGGCCUUCCCACAUGAGGCGCGUUGUUCAAUCAGUUGCGUGAAAUACAUACAAUGUACAAAGUUGGCAUUUUGCCCUGCACACCUGUCCGUGUAGUAGUUCACGUGCUUGACAUCGUCGAAGUGCGGAUCAUCGAAAUGGAUUUUCAGACAGGACGCGACCUCUUGCGAACCUCUUUUGGCAAUUGACUCGUUCCAGAGGAAACAGUGGCUGGUAUUGGUACCA